AAAUAAUAACUUGAAGUAAGAGUAUUAUUUUAUCAUAUGAUUAUGAUUCACAAGGGGAUGAAGUUUCUCUACACCUUCGUUCUACGACUGUUUGUAUUUACAAGUUUGUAUUGCUGUGCUCAAGGUGUGGGGGUUUCUUUCCAGGAUUUCUGUAGAAGAAACUUAUGGGGAGACCAGGAAUGCCAUUUCAAGGUGAGCGACCAUUGGAACUUCCUCAAAUUUCGAAAAUGGCUGGACAACCUAGAUCCACUGGGUGACGUUUCAUUGAAUAUUUCCUGUCUAGAGGGUGGAUCUAUAUACGUUCCUUGGCCAAUGAGAGCACGCAAUUUAAAGAAGAUAGAAAUCAGAAAUUGUCUUCUUAGAGGUUACUUCUCUGAAUACAGCAUACAAUCGCGGUAUCCAGACUCGCUUUCGCAUAGACAUAUCGAAAACUGUGCCACAGAAGUCAGCGUUUUGGAGUGGUUCAACAUGAUCCGGAAUAUGCAGUUCGAGAGGUCCUACACGUGUGGACAGGAAUCUUUGGUUAAGUCUGUUGUGCGGAAUAACACCUACAGAUUUAUCAAUAUGCCGAAAGUACCUGCGAAUAAAAUGCUAGAUCUUCUCUCUCAAAUCAGUGAUACUUUCAGAGAAAAGGUACGAACCCAACCAUUUCAGUGCCAUUACAGAAAUCUUUUAUACCUGGAGAACUCGGAAAACCCUUCUCUUGGAAAGCAUUUCAUGGAAGAUUUAACAUUGCACGCAUAUUACCCAAAGCUGUUGGCUCUGAACUUGAGUGCAAACAAAAUACCCUACUUACCGGAAGAAUUACGGGAAUGGUUCACAAGCUUUCCUAAUUUGCGGUAUCUAGAUCUAUCGAACAAUAAAAUUAAAUCAUUUUCUUUUGACGAUCCAAAAUUUUCAAUGAGAAAUUAUGGACUUCAUGUCAACUUAAGGAACAACACUAUUCACAAACAUCCAAGAGACUUUUAUCAAUACCCUCAUCGUUCAAUACCAAUAUCUGUCGACCUACGUGGGAAUCCAAUUCGAUAGUACCGUAUCUUACUGGAAACCAUAGCAACAAAUAUAGCCAAUUUUAUUUGGCAGGCAGCUCAUUUGUUGCCAAAACACCACCAUGUCUACAGAAUCGGACAUUCUUCAGUCAACACUCCGAGUCUGCGAGGAAUACUCAAAUUAAUUCAGGGAAGUUUCGUCUAUUUCAUGUACUGUAAAUCUUUCACGUCCAUCAAUUUUUCCCCACAGACCUUGUAUCCGAAUCAUUGAGACUUUUUUUACCUGUUGUAUUUAUACUACAUGGACGAUGAUUUCAAACAAUGAAGAGUUGAAGGUCCAAUAAGCAAUUGUGUUAAAACCUCUAAUUUAUUACUUUUCUGUAUAUUGCAUUAUUGGUGACUAUAUUCCUGUUUAAAGGUAAAAGUCUUAGUGCGUGAUGCCUGAGAUAAUAUGAAAUGCAUAUAUCAAUUUCCAUACAUUUGUAUGAAUAGUUGUAUAAUAUGAAAGUAGUAAUAAAUAGUUCACAAAG